GUUAUCCGUUCAUCCGUUGGUUUGUUGCACGAGAGGGGCUUGUCUCGAGGAAGAGGCCAGUAUGGAUCCGUCGCGGGAUAUUCAACAUUUUAAACGAAACAUCGCCACUCGGUCCACGGUGUCGUCGUGUUCCUCUCUCGCCAUGGAGAUCAAGAGAAAGAAAAUAAGAGAAAGCGUGUUUCUUCAAAACGAGGACUGCGAUAUUCAGGAAAGGUUGGAGUUUGAGAUGCGGAUGAGAGCUGGGGCUUACAAGCUUCUGGUUGCCAGUACUAAAAAAGAGCAGGUGUUGGAUGCUUCCAGGAGUCUGUUAACCUGUAACGCCCGAAUUAAAGCUUACAUGAGUGAAGCCCAGAGGAGAAUGCAGCAGCAGGACAUCAAAAGGUCUUCAGACUCUCUGGACCAAAUCCCUUGUAAGGGAAAGGUAGCCAUAUCUGGUCUACGGAUUCCAUUGUUCUGGAAAGAUACAGAACAUUUUAACAGCAAAGGGAAUGUGCAGCGGGUUGCAGUUUUCUGUUUGAUGAAGAUAGGCUCAGAGAUCUUUGACUCUGAAAUGGUGAUUGCAGAUCCCUCAAUGACUGAUAUUUGCUUUGAAGGUGUCCAAAGUUUCUCUGAAGCUAAGCCGGACUUUGAACUGACAUUUGAGCUGUAUAGCUGUGGACUGGAGGAGGAGACAACCUUCGUCAACACUCCAAAGAAACUGGCCAGGAAGCUGCGCUCCUCUUUUGGCAGAUCCUCAAGCAGGAAACUCUGCCCUCUUCUGGAUGGAGGAGACCCUGACACUUUCCUCCAGUCCAACCCAAUACCAGUAGGUGCUCGAUACUCAUUGUUGGCAUACACCACGCUGGGUUUGGAGCAGGCAGAGGGAUCUUUCCAGUCUCAUUCCCUUAUAAUCCUGCAAAACGUGGAGGCUUCGUCAUGGCUGCCGUUGUAUGGUAACUUGUGCUGUAAGCUGGUGGCACAACCUGACUGCAUGACACAAGACAUGAUGAGUGGAUACCUGAGCCAACAGCAAAGCGUUGAGGGUUUGCAGCGCCGCUGUAAGCUUUACUGUGUGCUGAAGGCCAGACAGAUUUCAUGCUAUUAUUCACCUGAAGAAAUCCAAGCAAAAGUGGAGCCCAGCCUUAUUAUUCCUAUAAAUAAGGACACCCGUAUUCGUGUGGUAGGAAAGGACCACCAGAGUACUGGCACUAGACUCAACCUGAUAAACCCGGGAAAUGGAGACUCUACCAGUCAUGUGUUCAUUACUGAAACCCCUGAUGUUUUACAGGAGUGGCUGGACGCCCUCUGGCAGCACAUUUAUGACCAGAGUCAGUGGCAACACGCAUGUGACAAGCUUAUGGAAAUUGAGGUUUUGUCCCCACGCAAACCCCCGCUCUUUCUCACCAAGCAAGCUGACUCUGUUUAUAAUGAUCUGAGCAUCGUGUCUCCUGGGAAAUUUGAGAGCUUGACUGACAUAAUUCACAAUAAGAUUGAGGAAACUGAUGGGCGCUUUCUCAUUGGUCAGGAGGAGGACACAGAGCCUCCUAAUUGGGCAGCACUGUUUGAAGGAUCCCGGCCAAUGGCGGUACAAAAAACUGUUCUUUCACCAGGUAAAGAAAGCAAUCAGUCUUUUACAAGUCCUGUCACGGCCAGCAAAAAGAAGAGGAGAGCACCUCCACCCCCUCCUGAUAAAUUACAGUUUAUUCAACCUACCAGCUUAUUUUCCAAUCAGGAGAAAGAGAACUGUAAGGGGGCAAGGCCUCGGACGGGGCGACCCUCCCUCGAUGCUAAAUUCUCUGCCAUCAUUCAACAGUUGCAGAAAAGCCACACAUCCACUCGCAAAACCGCACCCCUUGGACAGAUCGAGCCCUGUCAGUACCCUUGUGUUCCUCAGAAAAGAGAAGAUGAGUCGGAUAUACCUGAAAAUCCUGGGAAAGAACAAAGUCAGGCCCCUCAGCCACCUGUGCCGGCCCCCAGGAACAAACUGAAGAUGUCAUUCAGAGAGAAAAUCAACCCAAAAGCCUGGUGAAUUAAUGAGAAAUCUCUAUAAUUAAUGAUCUGCUAUGAAAAGAUAAAAUGUGCUUGGAUUCAUAAGGAGAUAAACUCCCUCUUGUCCUUUGAUUGAUCAUAUCAAGGGGCCAAGAGAAUGUAUGUAUGGCCUUCCUUGUUUGUUCGAGCUUAAACAAACACCCAGAAUCAGACAAAAUGUGCUUUUUAUAAAGUCUUACUAUUUUAAUUGUUUUUAAAAUAAGUUUUCAAUUUUCAUGAUUUUAUUUAGUUUUAAAAUUCACUUGAAUAUCAUGUCUUAUAAAGCUAGCUUUCUGUAAUAUCUACUCAUGAUGUAACCACUACAAACAAGCACUUUUGGCCGGCAGCACCUGCAUCAGGUGUGUGAGUUUUUACUUUCACCUUUAUAUGACCGAUAAUGUCAAAAUAUGUGUCUGUAGUAUGAAAACAGGUGCAUGUUUUCUAGUUUUUCUCAAAAUAUCAGUAGGUGAAGAAAGAUGCAUCAGGAACUGGUUAAUUAUUUUCUUUUAUUAGAUUUUAUACAGUUAAAACCGCUAAACAGGUAAAUAACAUUUUUACUUUUUUAUUUUUCAUGUUAGACACUAAGAGUUUAAUCUUAAUACUGGAUCAAGUAGUUAAAAUUAGUAAAUUUUUAUACAAGAUCUGAGCACUAUGAAACACUGUACGUAGGAUACAGUGUGUAUGAAAAUAUCUUGUUGGGUUAAU